UUACGCGCUUCGUCUGUUGUUUUUAUUUUCGACGCGAGCGGUAAUGCACGCGCGUGUUCGACUUAACGUAUUAUUAACAUAAAUUCGGGUAAAGAAAGCUAACUGUGCAAGUGUAAAUAUAAUUAAAGUAAUAAGUAAAUAAUACACGGUGCACUAAGUAAAUUUCAUGCUGUGCCAAGUGUUUAUGGUAAAGUUAACAGACUAAAAGAAAAGCCUUAAGCUUCUUGCGAAUUGCUAAUAAACAUUGCACGCACGCGUAGACUACGCAAUUUGUUUGUGCGAAAAAUAAUAGAAGAAGCAAUAUUAACAACUGAGAACAGGUCGCUGCCCGUUUUAAGCGUCACUUUGCAAAAGGGCAGAGGCUGAGGAAAAUUCGAGCCAAUGAAAGAUACAUACAAAAUACCGAAGUGCGGGAAAAUUGCAAGUGUGUGUGUGCUUAGUUUGUCGUGCGUGCAUUUAGUCUGGCUAUAAACAAACAAAACCAAAAUUGUGUGAAAUUUUUGCAUUGCUUAAACAAUUAGACGCGCUUAUAGCUGCACGUUCUACUUGUUGUUGUUUUCUUUUACUUGUUGCUGCCACGGAAUGCGGCAGCAGAGACGCGCAUGCGUCGGUAAAUAUUUGUUCUCCAUAGAACUGUGCAAUUUUACACGCUAAUUGUGUUUGUGAGUGUGUGUGCUUGUAUUUGUGAAAAAAAAGACCAUAAGAAGCAACAGCAGAGGAGGAGGCGGAGGAACUGCAGCAAACAUCGUAUAUAAGCACAACAUGGCACUGAGUUCGUAGACACUUGCAGAGCUAAACAACAACAUAAACAUGUCUGGCAAUCAACAACAGCAGCAGCAGCAACAACAACAGCAGAGAGCACUACAACAAAAGUCAGCAACAUCAGCAGGAACUUCGAGUACUUUGGGCAGCAAUUUGAUAAAAAUUAAUAGCGUUGACAAAAUUGUACACAAAUCGUCGACAGCAGCAGCAGCAGCGUCAGCAAUUAGCAAGCAGCAACAGCAACAGUUUCAGUCACGACGUUCAUUGCUGCCAGCAACAACAACAACAGCAGCAACAUCACAAUCAGCAACAGCGCAGCAAAGCGUAACAUCAGCUGCGCAGUCGCCAGCGGCAGCAGCAGCAGCAGCACAGUCGCAUCAAUUGCAGACAGUUGCCACAAUACAUCAGCAACACUCGACGCAACAACAGCAGCAGCAGCAGCAAUCCCCAGCAGCAACAACUUCCACACGCUUGCAACAGCAACAGCUAGCUAAAGAGUUGCUGCCGCCCACACGUCGCAGCUUCUAUCAGUUGCAGCAGCAGCAGCAGCAACAACAGCUCAAGUCGCCACAGGCAACAGCAACAGCAACUGCUACAACAGCAGCAGCAGCACACUUAAAGGCGCCCGCCCACUGCAUACCGCCGCGCUAUCAGCCGCCUCCGCAGCCGGCAACAGGCGGCGGCGGCAUACUGAAGCCACACUUGCCGCUCAAGUAUCCACCGGAUAUACCGCAGCUAUCCUCCAUCUAUAUACCCGAUUCACUUAAGCAGCAGCAGCACUCACGCUACUUGCAACAUCAGCAGCAGCAGCAGCAACAUCCGCAGCAACAUCAGGCGUCCAGCAAGGUACAACAGGAUAUGCUCAAGUUUGUGCGUAAACCAGAACAGGAACACCCCUCGCCCGUUGCCUCGGUCACAUCCAGUGUGACCGCCACCGGAAUACCCACGGCCAAUGGCGGGCGCUUGACUGUCGAACAGAAUCGACAAUUGCAGUCCCUGGUGAAUGAGCUCCGCGCGCUGAAGGAACAGAAUCAGCGUCUGCUGGAUGACAACCAGGAGCUGCGCGAUCUGUGCUGCUUUCUGGACGACGAUCGUCAGAAGGGUCGCAAGUUGGCACGCGAAUGGCAGCGCUUUGGACGCUACACGGCCAGUGUGAUGCGCCAGGAGGUGGCUGCCUAUCAGAACAAGCUGCGUCAGCUGGAUGACAAGCAGCAGGAGCUAAUCACCGACAAUCUGGAGCUAAAGGAGCUUUGCCUCUAUCUGGACGAGGAGCGUGCCCAUGUGGCUGCCAAUACGCUAUGCGCUGGCUGCGGCGCAGCUACGCGCAACGCGCUGCGCGACGAUGGCGACGGCUCCAGUUCAAGCACCAAUGCCGAUGAGACAAUCACAGCGCUGCGCAACUACGCGGAACAAAGGCAAUUGCCAGCGGAUUUGCGGCAUGCGCACACGCUGAACGAUCAGACGCUGCAGUAUGUGCGUUCGCUUGAGCGGCGCAUACAGCAGCUGGAGGAGGAGCGCACCACGCCCACCGCACAGCUGCAGCAGCAGCAGCAGCCGCAAGCGACUCCAGCUGCAGCAUCCAAGCAGUCAACAGCGCCCUCACCACAUCCGCAUCAGCAUCCACAUACGCCACAGGAGCUCAGCCAGGCUGUUGCUGCUGCGGCGGCUGCAGCUGCUGCGCUGCCCGAACCCAUAGCAGGACGCCCAGAGGCAGUAGUGCGCGCCUUGCAGGUGCUGGAGGUGCGCGAGCAGCUGGAACGCGAUCGCUUGGGCCAUCAGCUGACCACAGGCAGCGCCUUGGAUCAAAUGGAUGACGGCGAGAAGGCGCUGGUGCGAGAAAUGUGCAACGUUGUCUGGCGCAAGCUGGAGGGCAGUCCACAUGCAGCCAGCGCCACGCUGGAGCCGCUCUAAAGCAUUUAACACACACACACACCCACACACACACACUUGGCUAAUACACACUAAUACUAAUGCACAUUGUACAAAGUUGAAAGCACAACCUAACCUAAGCUUAAGCCCCCAACUAUUUGUAUUUUGUAUUUAAACGCAGCUAAAAAUACUCAACAAAAGCAAAAUAACUGUAAUUUUUUUAUA